AUGUAUUCUGGACAACCGUGGAUGCACGCAGGCAAUUUGGUUCCUUUUAAGAUCCCAACGAGAGCCCCGAAGCCACGAUUUCUGUUGGAACAUAAAAAAUCCGCGUCAAAUGAUUUUGUGUCUUCGAAUUUCACUGCAACAGACAGUCAGCCAAAACUCUUACAGAUUGACUACAGCUUAGAUCAAGGAUUAUUAAAAGAAGAAAUAGAGUAUCAUGAAAAUACAGAAAAGCCAUUUUCCGAAAACAAAGGUUGCGGUUUGGAGAAAUGCCAUUAUCUUUAUUCGAGCGAUGAAAAUGUAGAAAAUCUAAAGCGUGAACCUAAUAAGUCCUCAAAAAGUUCGAAAAUUAGCCUGAUGAAAUCAAAUUUGGAUUCUGAAUAUGAUUCUGAGUCUGCAGAAUUUGAUAUCAACGUAGAAGACGAUAGGGACUCGGACGAAGAAGUUGCUAUUUCUAGCGAUAAUAAAUCAACUUCGAAACCUCAAACGUUAUCUCCAAUCAUAAUAUCCCUUUUUCCUGAUAUACCACCAUUUCUUCGGUUUGUCAAGGAUGACGAAGCAGUGGCUCAAUUGCCACUCCCGAUUAUGAAAAAUUUGAUUUGGAGGAACACCGUCAUCACUCCCAACGUGGUUAAACGUGCCCUGGAAAGAUCACAUUUCAGACUGACUGAAGGUUGUUACUGCGAUUGGAUCGGAUGCUUUGGAAGACAUCUUACUCCAGUUCUCUUUCGACAAAUUAAAGAUUUCCAAAAGAUGAAUCACUUUCCUGGUUCCUUCGAGUUAGGUCGUAAAGACCUUCUCACAAUAAAUCUAUCUAAAAUGCGCACUCGAUUUGGCAGUGAAAAUUUUAGCUUCUACCCAACAACAUUUAUUUUACCUCGAGAAUUCUCCAGGUUGAAAGAUUCAUGGAAACAGGGUUUGGACCAUAGUCCGCCUCGUAACAAAAAACGCGGCUUUCCCACGUGGAUAAUCAAACCACCCGCCAGUGCAAGAGGGAUGGGCAUAUACCUGGCUAACCGGUUAACUGAAGUUCCUAGACGAAAGAAGUCGAUUGCCCAGGUCUACAUCUCUCAUCCCUAUCUGAUUGGUGGAAAUAAGUUUGACCUGCGGUUAUAUGUCUACAUGACCAGUGUGGAUCCGCUACGCCUCUACAUCCACAAGAACGGCCUCGUCCGGUUCGCCUCGCAAAAAUAUUCAAAUUCUCAAGAACAAGUUAACAACCGAUUCGUACACCUAACGAAUUAUUCGGUGAACAAGAGGAAUACGCAAUACUACCAUUGUGACGGCUUUACCCAAAAAACAUCUCAUAAGUGGCCUUUGGAGGACUUGUGGCGGCACCUAGAGGAACGAGGACGGGAUACACGAAAGCUGUGGGGAGAAAUAAAGUUGAUAGUCUUCAAGACGAUGGCGUCUGCGGUGUCCAAGAUGGCGAGUCAUGUGCUCCAUCACGUUGCUCGUCGCGAGAGUGUUCACGAAAUUUUUGGCUUUGACAUUCUUCUCGACUCAGAACUCCGACCCUGGCUCUUGGAGGUCAAUAUCUCGCCAAGGUUGAGUUCCUUGUUUGGUGAUGAUUUAAUUUCAGUUAAAAGCGAAAGCAAAUUUUGGAGUGAUUAG